AUGGAACAGGGAAUUACAGUCUUUCACAAAGAUGAGACUCUCCAGAAGCCCAAGGACGCCGCCCUCCGCAAGCCCAAACGCGGCCCCCUCGAUAUCAACGAACAAAUUGCCCUGAUUAAAGUCUGCGAGAAGCGAGCGAAGUACAAAGAAAUAUCGGAGUUCACUUCCGCCAAGUUUUGGAUCGAAAUUGAAGUCGCACUUGAGCGGGAAAUCGGUCGCCGUUACUCUCACUACUCCUGCCGCCGCCGUAUAACCGAGUACAUCUCACAACGGGCCAUUUGCCGGGACGCUAUCAGAGACGGGCACUCAGCACCUCCUCAGCUGCUGGAACCUGAGAUUAUGUCGUUGCUGGAUGCAUGGAAGGAGAUGGACGAGUUCAAGGAACAGUUGGAGAAGGAACGGGCUCUCAGCCAGCUGGUCCGUAAUCCCGAGGUGCCUCAAAGCAGCAAACUUCAACGAGUGGCCGACUGGGUGAAAAGCCUCCCAGACGUGGAACCACAAUCAAUAUUUACACCUCCGACCACCGAAUCAUCGCCGUCGCUCGCUGUCAAGGAUGAAGCAUCUCUUUGGGCAGCUCGCUACCGAAAGGCCGAGGAGGACCGAUUCGUGAGGUGCACUCAACUUCGAAACAUGAACUUUGAGUUAUCCAACAGUCGACAACUUCUAUCAAACAUCAAAUAUCAAUUAUCUUCGACGCUCCAAGAUCCGCACCAUAUGCAAGCGCUUACAGGCGUGAAGAGACAGCGGGAAGACGAGUUCCUGCUUGAUCGACCUACACAACGUCCUCGCAACCAGUUCACCGACCCUGAUACAAGCAAGCCCAUCAUAAAACAGAGCCCCGGCAACUCCCACGUCCUAUUGCGCUCGGAAAACGUUCAAACCCAGCCUCCGAUCGAAACGGUGUUUGUCAAAUUCUGGGACAGCAUGCUGCCGUACUUCAAGGAGCGGGCAUUAAAAGAGGGCCUAAGCCUUACGAAGUCUGAAUCCAUCAUGCACGAGCUAUUCAAAGAAGUCGGAUCCGCCAUGACGCGAGCGUUCAUGAAACUCGAACAAAGCACUCGAGCCGCACCUGCUGUCUAG